ACCCAUUCCUGCUCGUCAAGUGUUCUAGCGAAUUCCAGUGACCUUUCCCCACAACGACCGCUCGCUCCUGGUUGGCUUUCGAGCCGUUCUGCCCGCUGUCAUGAGGACCUGUUCAAAAUGAUCGGCCCUCAGCGUUACUGGUCUGCUCGCUUCCCUCGGAGUCGCCGGAUGUCUCCCUUCGCGCUGUUACAAGCUCUUCAGUGCUUGUCCUCCUGGCGCUCUGGUAGCUCAUCAUACCGUCCCUAUCGUACCCAAGGCCCUUCCACGCUUCAAUCAAUCAAAGAUUUUAUAGUCCAUCUCAGUUGCACCUUAUCGUCUUCACACGUGUCGGACCGCCUUCCUUGCGAGACCGCGUGCUUGAGGACGUCCUUGCUUUUUCACAUAGAAUACAUAGACGUUGAAAUCAACAAUUUCAGCUUAUCUUAUUGUCGUCUCGACCGCAUGCUGACUCUAGACUCAAACCACUCGCAGACUGCACGCCGAUGGCUACCGAGAAACAACACUGGCUUUAGCGACGACGGGAUGGAUGACGGCCGUAUGGAUAUCGGAUGGGUCGCAAGGCGUCGCGCAUCGGAUUUGAAGGGAUCGAUCAAGGGUUGACGGACGAAUUAUUCGCAUGGCGCCAAAGGGACGGGGCUACCGAGAAACGACACUGGCUGUGCC